UGGGUCUGGACCCCUGGGAACCGCUGUCGACAAGUGGAACCUCUGGGGGGCCCACAUACCUGCCCAGGCUCAAGUUGCUCAACCACCGCUGGUAAUCCUAGCGAUAACGCCAUUUUCGCCCCAAAGCACUCAAACCCGCCUCUUUGGUGCUGGCUCCGUCUACGGCUUUGCCAACCAACUGCCUCUGCCCGCCUUCAGCUCAACCAGCACCAGCAACGAAUCUCAAAGCCUACCGUACAGAUCACUGCAACAGAGAUAGAAAGGACGAGAGAAAGACAAGAGCAUCAAACCUUUUAUUCCACCGACGCCGCUUUCGAAUCAGCCGCUAUUAAGAACACACCGAUCCCUUCCUACUACGAACAAACAUUCGCAACCUACACUAUCUACAUAGUACUUCGUAUAUCUCUCGAUCCAGCCUCGGACGAACCCAGACCGCACCCUCCCACAACCUCACACACUACUUCGAUCACGACACCGACACCCUCAAAGGCGACGACGGUGCACUGCGACCACGAUACUUUCCUCCCUUCCUCCCUCCUUCAACUCCGUUCGCCUCGUCUGAACCUUGUCGCACCCCUCCCCUUACUAUUCGUAGCUAUCGGGCAACAAGACCUUACCCUCUCCUCUCUCCGCCGCCAAACAAAUCCGUCGCAAUCAGCAGGCCAACAAGGACGAGAACAGAAGAAGAAAGCAUCUAGACGACUUCCACCGCUGUCCGCAGACCACAGCACCCCUCCCUCCCCGGCCGACGAAUCAUCAGGGGCUCAACCUCCUGCCAAACCUGCCUCGAGUCUCAACACAAACGCCCGCGCGCGACUUCGACAAACUGCACUCGAAUUGCGUGCCCUCUGUGCAAAUUCCAUCCACAACGACACCCCUCAUAACCAGUCGGAAUCCGUUCCUGCAGAUCGUCCGGGGCAUCCAUCUUGGGCAGCUGCUGAGAGAACCUAUACUCAGACACCCCAUACUCUUUUUCCACCAAAAAAGAUACACGCCAAUCCUCUUCCAGUACCUGUGACGCCAGGUCUCUCUCCACAAAGUUCCUACCCGAAAUCGACCUUCCCCUGGCUCGCACGCCAUCGCCAGGUCCUCUCGCCUCACCAACACCCAAAACGCCCAUCUGCCACGACUGUCACUCUGUCACUCCCUCCCCGUGUCACUCACUGUACCGUACGGAUACACGGUCGUCCCGCCCCUCGUCGUCCUCUGACUCUACGCUCGUCGUUUGCUUUGUAG